CAUCACUCAUCCUUGAGUCGUUGAACUAACAAUCUUACCGCAAACAUGUCUGCAACUUCAUCCUUGAAUAUCCCUCCUUCAAAGUCGACCGUCUCCGUCUCCAUCAUCGACACGACUCUCAAUGGCGACCUCCCCACAGCGCCCUUUAUGGGCCCUACCAUGAACGGCUUCGAGAGGUGGUAUGGUGUAGGCUACGCCUUUCUGGUGACGCACCAAGACUCCACUGGAAAGACGAGACGCGUAGUGUUUGAUCUAGGUCUGCCAAAAGACUGGGACAACGAUUUCUCUCCAGCUGUAUUGGAGAUGGGGAAGCAUCUGGACGGGACGAUGAUUGCUCAAAAGUAUGUCUCCGAGAUUCUGACAGAGGGCGGUCUCGAUUUGGGAGAGAUUGAAGCGCUUUUCUGGAGUCAUGCACAUCCGGAUCACAUCGGCCGCCCGUCACUCUUUCCAUCUACGGCAUCGCUGAUCGUCGGCCCGGGGGUGAAGGACGCGUAUUUCCCGGGAUACCCUACCAUCCCAGACGCACCUGUCCUAGCUCGCGAGUUUGAGGGUCGUGAAGUGCGCGAGGUGGAUUUCAGUUCCACCGAGAUUGAGAUCGGGGGACUCAAGGCGCUGGAUUACUUUAAUGACGGGAGUUUCUACCUGCUUUCUGCGCCGGGCCACGCUAUUGGGCAUAUCAACGCCCUGGCUCGUACCACGGAGGAUAGUUUCAUGUACUUUGCGGGCGACUCCUUCCACCACAGCUCCGUCCUCAGACCCCACAACGGCGCAACGUUGCCAGAGGAGAUUCAGCUGCCGGGACACUGUUGUUCUGGUAGGGCGUUCCACGCAGUUCACCCCGUGGCUGGAAAUUCUGCUGCCCUAGGACCGUACAGCAAGAUUCUGGGUGAGGCGGGCAGCGACGCGAAUGGGAUCCCUUUUCACGCGAUACCUGAGGUGCCCGAGGGCCAGGCGGGGCUGUUUCUGGAUUUGGAGGCGGCGAGGGAGACCGUGCGUGCCAUUCAGAAGUUUGAUGCCAGUCCGGAUGUGUUUGUGGUAGCAUCGCACGAUAGCAGUUUAGUAGGUGUUGUGGAUGUGUACCCGGCAGAUGCGAGUGGCUGGAAGGGUAAGGGGUGGAAGGAGAGUGGGAAGUGGCUGUUUUUGAAGGAUUUUGAGAGAGCGGUUGAGCUUGCUGACUCUGAGGAAAAGUUAUGAGGGUGAUGGUCAGAGGGUAAAAUGUGGUAGUGUUGUGUUUGUAGGAAUUCUCCUCUUUGAUCGUGAGAUCUACUUCCACAUUGCUUGUGUUACGCUUGAACUGUUUGUGCUGAACCUCGGACUUAGACCUCAUCAUAAUGUAGGUGUUUCGUCGUUUAUGAUUUAGGCUAGCUCAAUCGCCUUGAUAUCAAC